UUUACUGUGAGGUGUUGUUAUAGGAUUUAAAGAUUAUUUUCCUUCCACUGGUUCUGUUAUAAAACCGGCAAUGAUGAAGCUUAAAUCGAACCAAACGCGGACAUACGACGGAGAUGGCUUCAAGAAGCGCGCCGCCUGUCUGUGCUUCAGAAGCGAGAGUGAGGAAGAGGUUUUGUUGGUGAGUAGUAGGCGACAUCCAGACAAGUGGAUUGUACCCGGUGGAGGAAUGGAACCUGAGGAAGAGCCCAACGUUGCUGCUGUUCGAGAGGUGUGUGAGGAGGCUGGUGUAAAAGGGACUUUGGGGCGACUAGUUGGGGUAUUUGAGAACAGAGACAGGAAGCACAGAACGUAUGUCUAUGUCCUUACAGUAACCGACAUCUUGGAGGACUGGGAGGACUCUGUAAAUAUUGGGAGAAAACGGGAAUGGUUUUCUACAGAGGAUGCCAAGAGAAUUCUUCUCUGCCAUAAGCCUGUGCAGGCUUCCUAUUUUGAAUCCCUCCAGAGCUGCCUCACCAGCAACAUGACACCAAUGAUGGCCACAAUGGAAGGAGACCUCUCCACCUCCUACAGUAUCAGCCAGAGUUCAAUGUCUAGUAAAAGGUGACUAAAGCUUAGUGCUACAGAGGCUUCUGGUAACUCCACAUCCUCUUUUUUUUACUUAAUACGUUAACAGUACUGCUUUUGCUUAUUUUCUAACUUUAACAACAACUGAAAAGCCUUAACUUCUUGUCCUGGAGUGAAUGUAAAGACUUGACAAGAGACAGGUUAUUUGGUUAUUGAAGUUUGAAUGUUUGCCUUUCAGCUUUUUGCGACUUUCUAUUGCUUUGACUUUCUACUGUGAAAACACUUAUGUAUAUGCACCGUUGAACUGAUUCAUAUGCAGGGUAGAUUUUCUAAAUCUGAUACUUUGGGGAAUAGUAUUAUGAAGUGUUGUUUAUCAUGUUUCAUUAAAGGGACAGUUCAACUUCAAAUCAAAAACAAAUGUUUCCUCUUACCAACAGUGCUAUUCAUCUGUCUAGAUUGUUUAAGCGUGAGUUGCCGGGUUUGGAGAUAUCUGCUGUAGAGCCGAUGUCUGCCUUCUCUUCAAUAUAAUGUAACUAGAUUGGGCUAUUCGUGUGGCGCUCAAAGUGGCAUACAUCUGAAAAAUUCAAAAGAAAUGUCUCUUUCCAGAAAUCAUGAUCCGAAGUACACUGGCCAGCCGUACCAUGAGCAUGGAGCACAAGCCUCUCUCCCAUGAGUAUAUGUACGCUUCUUUCUGCACGGUGAAAUGCUUGGCGGGUGUAAUUGGUUGGAAAGAAAAUAGUUCCUACUUGAAACUGCUCACAACAUGGAACAGGAAUUUAUCCCGAGUAACCCGUUCAUGAUUUCUGGGAAGAGACAUCGCAGUUGAGUUUUAAACUUUUAAACCUUCCCUUUAAUCACAAAAUAAUUUAUCCUACUGUACAGCACCUCUUCACUUCAUUCUAUUACCUUAUGUCCAUGUACAUUUGUUUUUAUUUAUUUUAGAGGUUGGUUGAUGGUUAUGCCAUUAUAUAUGUAUUAUGCUCUCAGUGGAGUGGGCUAUUUGUAAGUGCACUGCAUGAAGAUACUUUGUCCUGGAGAGGCUGAUCACUAAGGUGUAAACUGGCCCUGUUGUGAUAUGGUUCGCUCACUGUAAAUAUCAGUAAAAACAAAUAAUAUUUCAUCAUACUUUUGAAUUGUAUUUCUAAUGUUUACACUGCGAUAGUUCCCUUUUCUUUCCAAUAAACACUGGACAUUUUACUUUAGUUGUUUUUCUAGGUUGUUCCCGAGAAGCACUAGUUAUACGUUGAUAUGAUCUUUUAUUGUUUAUGCCAUUAUUCAGUCAUUUUAAGAAUCUCAUGACGGCCAUAUCAUUUGCUGUUUUUAUCAUUUAUGUCAUUCAUGUCGACACACUUAGUAUGUAAGUCUUGUUUUGCCAUGAGAGGUCUCACCACUUCCUUUUCUCAUAUGGUAGUUUCACAAAUGUAAAAUGAGGACAAUAAACAGAUUGUUCUGAUAAUUACAAUUGAAAACAUAAUGAAAUGCAUACAAUAUCCAAUAAUAUAGCCAUGUUUUUGUGGAUUUAAUUGGACUUCUCAACUCCUAACUUUUAAAAAAAGAAGUAGGCUCUCUUUCAUGCCUGUUGGACAUUUAGUAUGUACAGUAGACUUACGUCGGAAUGCUUUCAAUUGAAUAAUAUGUCCACUGGCCAUAUUGUUUGCCAUACUUUGGAAUAAUUAUACAAUGUGGGUCCAGGGGAUUUUGUGCACACCAUCAUGGUGUUGAAAUAAGGUGUUUAGUUUUAAUAAAAACAUACAAAGGGUAUUUUUGCCAUGUAACUGCAGUUUGAUGUAAGUAAUAUUACAUAAAACGGGUCUGUUUGAGAGGUUGUGAGGUUUUGGCAGUACAUUUUGCCAUACUAAUUAUUGUUGAGCCAGAAACAACAUGGAUGAAAAUAUAAUUUUCUCGUGAAACUGGGCCUUUAAUUGAACAAAUUACCCAAUUGAUCCUAGUUGCUCACAGCCUCAUAUCUUUUUGGGCUGUCCCCUCAGAUUCCCUUUUUUCACUGCAGUUGUUUUUUAUUGAGUUAAGUAUGUUUGCACGAUGUCAUGCAGGUUAAAUAAAACAUUCUGGCAAACUGCC